UCACCAUGUCUGGAGGACUAUUGGGCGCAAUUGCCAUUCUUAAGAAGACUUUCGACAAGUAUGCUGGAUCAGAUGGCGACAAGGGCACCCUAUCCAAGAAGGAACUCACAGUCAUGCUAAAAGCUGAGAUUCCUGGAGUAGGAGGUGACAAACAGGAAGAAGUGGACAAAUUUUUCAAGAUGCUGGAUGAGGAUGGUGACGGUGUGGUUGAUUUCAAUGAAUACAUUGUUUUUGUUGCCACCCUUGCUAUGCUCUUCAAUAAUUAAUGAAAUCUACUUGUCCAAUCACACUGUCUGUGGUUUAAAAAAAACAGAAAACGCUUGAGCAAAUUAAAGUGAAUGUGAUGUCAAAUGUGUUAAAACAAGGAAAAUAAAGCCUUUUUCACACCUAAA